AUGGCUACAUCAAGCGAUACGUCGGAUCAAAAUGUGAAAUCAAGACGUCCUGCUGAAUCUGCAUUCAAACAACAAAGAUUGCCUGCAUGGCAACCAAUACUGACAGCGGGAACAGUUUUACCAACGUUUUUUGUAAUUGGAAUAGCAUUUAUUCCUGUAGGAAUUGGCUUACUCUACUUUUCGGAUGAGGUUAAAGAACAUGUUAUAGAUUACACAUAUUGUAUGAAGGAAGAUGAAAAUAUAACCUGUGCUCAGUACAUAAAACAGAAUGACAUGGAGCCAUGUACUUGUCAAAUCGUUUUCAAUUUAACUGAAGACUUUAAAGGAGAUGUUUACUUUUAUUAUGGACUGAGCAAUUAUUACCAGAAUCAUAGAAGAUAUGUUAAGUCUAGGGAUGACAGUCAACUACUUGGAAGAUUAUCACUUACACCAUCCUCAGAUUGUGAGCCAUUUGCCUAUGCUGAGGAAGAUGGAAAGCUGAAACCCGUUGCUCCAUGUGGUGCAAUUGCCAACUCAUUGUUUAAUGACACCCUCACAGUGCAUUCGCAAGAUCUAAAUAUCAACGUACCAGUACUACGAACUGGGAUAGCUUGGACUUCCGACAAAGACAUCAAGUUCCGUAAUCCACCUGGAGAUCUUAAGGCUGCAUUUGCAAAUUUCACGAAACCCGUAAACUGGCGAGUCCCGGUGUGGCAGUUGGAUCUUAACAACACGGAGAACAAUGGAUUUCAGAAUGAGGAUCUCAUAGUGUGGAUGCGAACGGCAGCUUUGCCGACCUUUAGAAAGCUGUACCGUCGCGUCGACCAUUCGCAGUACGGUUUCAGCACUGGGCUCGUGAAGGGUCCCUAUCUAUUACGCGUUGAUUAUAACUAUCCAGUUACCGACUUCGACGGCACCAAAACCUUCAUAAUAUCCACGACAUCACUGCUCGGCGGGAAGAAUCCGUUUCUUGGUGUCGCUUACGUCGUGGUUGGGACCCUGUGCCUGUUGCUGGGCAUUGUUCUCCUCGUGAUACACGUCAGAUGCUCUAGAAGCACCACGGAGAUGAUCAACGUCAAUCCACGUACGCCAUAUUCC